AUGGGCUUCCUCCUACCUCUUCUACUGGCGCUCCUGGCCCUCGCCAACUCUGCCUUUGCCGCCCCAAAUGUUCCCCUCUCGACAACCAGCCGCUGGAUUGUCGACUCCGGCGGAGAACGGGUAAAGCUCCGCUGUGUGAACUGGGCAGGCCACAUGGAGACAAACGUCCCCGAGGGCCUUCACAAACAGUCCAUCAGCUACCUCGCCGACUGGAUCGCAGGCCAGGGAUUCAACUGUGUCCGUCUGACAUACUCGACCGAUUGGGCGCUGAACCCCACGAAGCCCGUCGCAGACUCCUUCAGAGAUGCCGCGCCCGCCGCGCAAGUGUCGACUGAGUCCAUGUUAGGCCUUUACUCGCAGGCCAUAGAGAAGAACCCAUCCCUGCAGAACGCGACCACCCAGGACGUCUUUGGGGAGGUGAUCGAUCAGCUGUGGGACAGGGGCAUCAUGACCAUACUGGAUAACCACCUGUCUAGAGCCGGCUGGUGCUGCAACCUGACGGACGGAAACGGCUGGUGGGAUGAGGCGGAGGGCGCGAACGACCAAAUCUCGCGGUUCUUCAACACCGCUCAGUGGCUUCAAGGCCUCCAGGCCGUCGCGACGUGGAGCGCCUCCCGCAAGGGUGUGGUGGGUUUGUCGCUUCGAAACGAGGUCAGGCAGGGCAUUGUUCAGAUUGUUGGGCUCGGGGACUGGUACACCCUCAUGAAGAAGGGUGCAGAGGCGGUGCACUCGGCGAACCCGGACGCGCUGGUCAUAAUCGGGGGCGUUAACUCCGCAACCGAUUUGGCCCACAACAAAAAGGACAGCCUCGACUUCUCAGCCUGGAGCGGCAAGCACGUGUGGGAGUUCCACGCGUACGAAUUCACCGUGACGUUCCACGUCAACUUCGGGCUGUGCUCCCUCCGUAAGGCGGCAUGGGGCACCUUUGACGGGUUCCUCCUCAAGCAGGGCAAGGAAUACACUGCGCCUCUGAUCUUGAGCGAGUUUGGCGUAGGCAUGAGCGGGGGCCCCAACGACGGGCUUAGCGAUGCGGACCAAAGCUAUCUGUCGUGCCUGACUGGCUACAUGGCCGGCAACGACGCCGACUGGGCCGUGUGGGCACUUCAGGGGUCGUACUAUGCCCGCAACGGGCAGACGGAUUAUGAAGAGACAUGGGGUUUGCUGGACAAGGAGUGGACGACGUGGCGUAACGCAAAGUUCCCUGGCAUGUUGGGCCAGAUGUGGAACGUCAGCCAGGGUCCUUGA